CACUCCAUCCGUGACGUAAUGUGGGCGGAGCCUGUGAUGAACGCCGCUUGUUCUCCUCCAGAAUCGCUCCGGUCGCCUGUGAUCCAUCAGCUGGAGCCUGAGCGCCUCGCGCCGCAGUCAGAUCCGCUCCGCCACUCUGUCCGCUCCGGCCUCAGACACCGAGGGACCCUCCGCCGGACAUCCUCCGCGCUGCUGCAGGAUGAAGCUCGAUGCCAACCUCACCAUCCCUCAGCCUCCUGAGGCUCCUUCCCAAGCCGGCCUUCAGUUUGCUGUUGCCACUGAGGAGGACUUUGAUGAGAUCAUGGCCAUGAGUCAGGACAUAUACGGCGGUCUGGACUACCUUCCCACCCGAUACACUAGCUGGCUGCAGGAGACCAACCGCUUAGUUAUUCUGGCACGCAAGGAAGGAAAAGUGAUUGCUCUGGAAUCAGCCUGUGUGAUUGAUGACGGAGAGACUCUGCUUGUGGAAGGUCUGCGUGUCGCCCCGCAGGAAAGGGGUAAAGGUGUAGCAGGAGUUCUGCUGCGGUUCUGCUCCGAACUGAUCAAAUCCAAGUAUCCAGAUGUGAAAGUCAGCCGCCUGACCCGCGAUGACCAGCUUGGGCCCAAGGAUUUUGAAAAGUAUCGUAUUAUAACCAAGCAGGGAAUUCUGCUGGUGCGUUUCAGAGCCGAAGAACUCAAACUGCAUCUUGGCCAGAUGAUGCAAACAGAGGGGGUUCGUUCAUCAGUGUCCACACGCCAGGCCCCGCCCCCUCCUGUGCGUCUGGAUCAAACAGCGAUCCAUCAGCUCUAUCUGAGCACUGAGCUGAUGCAGCGAGUGCUUCCCAACGCCACCAUCAUUCAGGACUGGCAGCCAUUUAAGCUUCUACCCAGCAACCUGGCCAUCCUCCUGAAGAAGGACAUAGACUGGAUGGUGGACGAUGUGUGCAGCCCUACUGUGGCCAGUCUGUGUACCUUCCCCUUCAAGGUGCCCAUUGGAGACGACUGGUAUUACCUGAAUAUUGACAUGUUUGGUAAAGAUCUGGAUCUGGCUCAGCAGCAGUUCCUGUGCCACCUCCAGCAGCACACAGCCAGCCUGAAGGGUCAUGUGAUGUGCCAGAUCUUCCUGGAUCCUGGUCUUUGGAGGCCCAUGGCUGAUUUCUGCCAGAACACUUUGAACGUAGAGCUGGUGAAGGAGUACACCGAGCAAUGCGUGGUGGAAUCAGACCUGCUCUAAAACAGGGAAGGAGGAAACUGAUAGAAGUCAAACACUGAAAAAAAGAAUCAUUUCUGGACAGAAAGAAAAAUAUAUUUUAACAAACUUACAUUCUGAUAUAUUUUAACGAAGGGAAAGUUAGCUCACAGGUGGAUGAUUAACUCAGCAUCGUCAACAGAGUUUCCUGCAGGCUAAUAGCACAAUAUUUUUGGGCUGGGUUAUUCUAAAUUAGACUUUGCAUCAAAUCUGUUGCAUGUAAAUAUAGAAACCUCCAAUCAUCAGUCUGAGAGAAUCAACAUUAGCGUGAUGUCAACCUAACUGAAGCAUAGUGACUCAAUAGUGUCAGACAAUAACCAACCUUAUUCACUUAGUGCAUUUGUGGUUAGCUCUAUUUCUUUUAAAGGAUGAAUUGUAAGAUUAGUUUUUCUGGUAGCAAUAAUGAAAUCUAGAACUAGUUCAGCCCCUCAUUUCAAACCUUCUUUCUGUUAAACCUUUAUUUGUCGGAAGGCUGAGUUGGGUUGCGACGUCUGCACAAGUUUAAAGGCACUUUAACUAAACCAUGGAGGUUUUCUAAGCUGGGAAAGUUCAGGAUUUAAGAGAUUCCCUUUUUUUCUUCUGUGAGCAUCGAUAUCUAGAGUCAGGAUGUGAAUCAAAGGAUUCUCUGAUAUAAACAUCUAAAGCUUUGAUCUGCUCGGAUCAGAUGCUCCUCCUCCUUCCUUCUAACCAGGUUAACCGGAACAUGGGCUGAAACUAUCCGCCGUUAACAAGAACUUCAUCUAUGUUCUAACUUUAGUUCAGAUUAUUGCAGAGAAACUAAUCCCUUUUUUAUUUAAUCUCCUUUGGAAGGAACAUUAAAAUAAUCUGCCUGUUCUGUUAGUCUGGAUAGAUGGAGCAUUGCCUCCACCUCAUCGUUUCCCUAAUCCAACUUUAGGAGUGUGGGUCCUCACAAAGAUGGCAAGAACUGCAGGCUAAAUGAGGUCCCCAUAUGUAGAUAUAAAUGCAUGGCAACCUGUGUUUAAUGCAAGAAAAAAAAACACAAUGUUCACAAAGAUAACUUUGAUCUAAAGUUCAAAUCCAACAUUCAUUUUUUAAACCAGCCUUCAACAGAAUGUUAAAUAAAAAAACAGACGUGAACUAAAACGAUAAAAAAGACUGAAAACAAUGCGACCAAUAGGAAGCCGUUAGAUCCAGGCGUGUCAACCAAUCAGCAUCGCAGGCGUCUCUCUGCAAGGCUCACUGACAAAGAAACGGGAUUUUCAAAAUAAAACUCAAUCACAGAACUGAAAGAAAAAAA